AUGGAGGUCGUUCAGCCCGACCUCAAGGUUCUGGCCCUGCAGAACGCGAAGCGAUCCAAGUUUCUUUUUGCCGACCCGCCUCACGACCGGGAGUCUGCGAGGAAGAAGCUGCGACUGAGCGCAGACCCGACCGAGGGCCAACGCCAGAAGGAAGCCCUAUCCCUCCGUCUCCAUGCAGAAUAUCAAGACCUGGCCGACCUGCCGCCCGCCCUCGCCCAGAAGCAGGCCAACGUUGCCGGCGCGCGGAAGAGGGCGAGGAAACCAGCCAACAACGAGCCCCCCGCCGCCCCGGAGGACCAGAAGGUCCAGAAACUGAUCGAGGGCAUCGCCGAGACCUCGGCGACAGGUAGCGCGGCUUCGACCGCCCUCGUUCAGAGACGCAAGCCGCCGCCCACAUCACAGAGACCCGACGGCCCAACGUCGCAAGCCUUGAGUACCGCCCGAGCCCAAGCCACACACCAAGUCAAACCCGACUGGCACCCGCCAUGGAAGCUGAUGCGCGUCAUCUCGGGACAUCUGGGCUGGGUGAGGAGUCUCGCAGUAGAGCCGCACAAUCAGUGGUUCGCCAGUGGAGCGGGAGACAGGACCAUCAAGUUAUGGGACCUCGCAACUGGGAACCUCCGGUUGACCCUGACCGGCCACAUCAGCACGGUACGCGGUCUUGCCGUGUCGCCCCGCCAUCCCUACCUGUUCUCGUGUGGAGAAGACAAGAUGGUCAAGUGCUGGGACCUGGAGACAAACAAGGUUAUCCGGCACUAUCACGGACACCUGAGCGGCGUCUACACGCUAUCACUACAUCCCACGCUCGACGUGCUCGUCACCGGCGGCCGAGACGGCGUGGCCCGCGUGUGGGACAUGCGCACGCGCAGCAACGUCCACGUCCUAUCCGGCCACAAGGGGACCGUAGCCGACGUCAAAUGUCAGGAGGCCGACCCGCAGGUCAUCAGCGCAUCUCUGGACUCGACGGUGAGGAUGUGGGACCUCGCCGCCGGCAAGAGCAUGGGUGUUCUCACCCACCACAAGAAGGGCGUCCGCGCCCUCGCCCUACAUCCGAGCGAGUUCACCUUUGCCACGGGCAGCACCGGCAGCAUCAAGCAGUGGAAAUGCCCCGAGGGCGCCUUCAUGGGCAACUUCGACGGCCACAACGCCAUCAUCAACUCUCUCGCCGUGAACGAGGACGUCAUGUUCUCGGGUGGCGACAACGGAUCCAUGAGCUUCUGGGACUGGAAGUCGGGACACCGGUUCCAGGCUCUCGAUUCCAUCGCCCAGCCGGGCUCGCUGGACGCCGAGGCCGGCAUCAUGAGCUCGACCUUCGACCGCACGGGGAUGCGCCUGAUCGUCGGCGAGGCGGACAAGACCAUCAAGAUCUGGAAACCCGACGACAAGGCCACCGAGGAAACGCACCCGCUCGAAUGGAAGCCAAGCCUGGGGCGCCAGAAGUUUUAG